AUGACAGAAGAAGGUGAAGCCGAAGUGACUAGCCAUGACACCUUCGAGCUGGCGAGUGCUUUUGGCUUCUCGCUAAAUCAUCGGAUACUUCCGAAUGGAGCCACUUCAGCUCGGAUCGAGCCCGACACAAAAGAGACACUGGUCGCAGUGACCGCUUCAAACAAGAUUAUACUCAGAAGUAACGAAAGUACUCUUCACAUUCCGGACAAGAUCAAAUGCAUCACGACAGUACCAUAUGGUGAUGGUUAUGACUACAUUGUCGUCGGUACUGAAAGUCAAGUACUCGUCUACGAUUUCCAUCGAAAUUCUACUGUCUUCAGAAGGGACGUACCCGAUGGUGUGCAGUGCUUCGCGGUGGGCAAGAUGGGCGAGCUGGACAGAUUGAUUCUUUGCGGUGGUAACUGUGCCAUUUGGGGUUUCGAUGAGACCGGCAAGGAUGUGUUUUGGACCGUCACCGGUGAUGCAGUGACAACCAUGUGUUUCUGCGAUUUUGACGCUGAUGGUGAAAUGGAAUUAAUCAUCGGUUCACCCGACAGCGAGCUGAGAGUGUUCAAAAACGACCUGAUGAGAGCGGAAAUUCUUGAGACCGAUGCAGUCAUUGUUCUUCAAAGCAUUGAUAAGAGCCGCUUUGGCUAUGCGCUGGCUAAUGGUACUGUCGGUGUGUAUCAUCAGGAUCAACGCCUUUGGCGCAUCAAAUCCAAGAGUGUCAUCACUGCUAUCUUGCCCUAUCCAAACGAGGAAAUGAUGACAUGUGUCUGGAAUUCAGGAAAGAUCGAUGUACGUUCGAUUGGUGAGAAUGGCGAAAUCGCCUGCAGGGAGGCUUCAUUAACCGGGCAAAGUAUCGUCGCAGGUUUCACAUCAACCAUGAACAACGACGUCGCCGAGUUGACUGUUAUCACAGCUGAUGGAAGAGGUGACGUGCACGGAUUCAACAACACCAAACCAAAGGAGAUUGUCGAUAAAACUCAAGAAACGUUACAUCUGUUUGGACAGAAGAAGCACAACCUACUGGUGAGAUGCUAG